GUACAUCGCUAUUAUGGAUCCGCUGCGACCUAGGAUGGGCAAACGAAGCACACUUUGUAUCGCCGCAGCCAUUUGGAUUUUAGGGAUCAUAAUCUCGUGCCCUAUGUUAUUUUUCUUCACUACUUAUCAUAUGCCGGAUAGGGUUGUCUGUUACUCGGAAUGGCCCGAUGGACCCACCAAUCACUCGCUUAUAGAAUAUAUGGUUGAGUUUUUAUCGGUGUAUUGGUUGAAAUCUCAAGUACCGUCGGUGACCUAAUCUCACCCCCAGACCCAUAUGUUAGAUAUAACGUUGUUUUUAUGUUCUUGACUUACUUUCUACCAAUCGGAUCGAUGACAUUUACCUAUGCUCGAAUAGGUUUUGAGUUAUGGGGCUCGAAAAGUAUAGGAGAAUGUACGCAAAGACAGCUAGAGAACAUUAGGAGUAAGCGAAGGGUGGUAAAAAUGAUGGUGGUCGUUGUUGUAAUAUUUGCUGUUUGCUGGCUACCUUUCCAAAUUUAUUUCAUCGUUACGUCAUACUAUCCGGAGCUGACCGCCAAACCCUACAUCCAGGAUGUGUAUCUGGCAAUUUAUUGGUUGGCUAUGAGUAAUUCCAUGUACAACCCUAUUAUAUACUUUUGGAUGAAUUCUAGGUUUCGCCGAGGCUUUCAACAAUUCUUCCGCUGGUGUCCUUUUGUUCGGCUGAGUCCAGACUUUAGUGGUUUGAGAAGAGCUGGUGCGGUUACUUCUCGAUAUUCAUGUUCAACAUCACCAGAUCAUCAUCGAAUUAUACGAAACGAUACCGAACGGUCAAUCCUGUACAACUGUUCUGGUUCACAGCGGAGAUCACAUGCUACACACCUGCUCGGCCACUUCGUCAACGCCAAUAUCUACAACUUGCUCACCGCAACACCAACUAUGGACAGCACGAACCAGUUCGUUUCAUGUGUAGCCGAUUCAACGUAUUUUCCCACCUGUACGAUCCCAACAUCUCCACCCCGCAGUUUCAACAACGAGCCCGACUCUGCUGCAGGGUCUGUUCACAUUCCAAUGCACUUAUCUACGUGUCAACAUCACCAAGCGACCAACUCGACUUUUGUUCCGCAAAAACUUGCAUCAAGGAAUGAGAGCUCCCCAGCUCGGGAGGAAAAAAGACAGAGCAGUACGACAGCAACAAAGAAUGACCAACACCAACCUAGGCAUGCCAACACUAGCAAAGGCAUCAGCAAAGUUCAACAGCUUCCCUUAUAACGUACAUGCUUGUGAUAACCAAGAGCCGAAGCAUUGAAAUAUCUGACUGCACCAGAUCCAUUAAGUUUUUGCAAAUAAAAAAAAAUGUUUUGAAGCGCCUUUUAUAAAUUUAAUUUAAUUGGUGUUCCUCUCAAAUCUGUUCUAGCCCUACUUUUGGAAUACAGUUAUGAAUUUUACGUGUUUUCAAAAUAAAAAGAAAUAUUCAGCUUUAUAGAGGCAAAUGAACAGCA